GUUACUUUAACAGUCUUGUCGAUGGGACCAUAUUUUCUGAAUGGUGUUAAUUGUGAUCACAGUUUUAGAAAUAACAGAUACUUUGUAUUACCUUGGAUCUGUCAACACAGUGGUGUAAGUAUGUCGCAUCAAAUGGUAGUCAUGCAGCCACAGCCUGUUCCGCUCUUUUGUGAUUCUGGUCAGUGGGGGUCUGGAAUCUGUGACUGUUGUGAUGACGUGCCUGAAUGCUGCUUGGCUUGUUGGUGUUUCUGGUGUUUCACGUGCAUGAAAGCAAAGAAAUAUGGUGAAUGUUUAUGUCUCCCCCUGCUGGAUUUCGGUGGUUUAAUUCCACCCAUAACCAUGUCCAUAAGGGUCUCAAUGCGCCAGCGUUAUGGCAUUAGGGGAGACAUGUGUAAUGACUGCUUGGUGUCCACGUUCUGCACAGCUUGUGUUUGGUGUCAGAUGUCACGAGAGAUGAAAGCACGAGAUCGACAGGUCACUCUUGUUGGUGCCAGGAAUUUGUAAUGUGUUUUGAAGCAGUUCUGCUGUUGUGUAAAUAAUCCUGACACACUGGCUGAUAUUUAAAAAGUCCUUUUUAUAGCAUUAAGAUGCUUAUGACAAUUUUCAGUCAAAAUCUUAGUGGAAUUUGUGGUAACACAGGGAUGUUGAAGUUCUUCUACGGGUAUGUGUAUUGUUGUAUCUUUAAUGUCACUCACUUCAGUUUUUAAUGAGCAUCACUAAUCGCAUGACCAGUGUGAUCCGCUAAACUAGAUGUGAUGUUGUAGAUUUGACAAGUGAAUAUUCUCCACAUCAUUUGUAAAAAUAUAACUUUUAAAAUGCUACGGUUUUUGGCUUCAAGCAUAUUAAACCAUUCAGAAAUAAAUACUGAUUUCCAAAA